AUGACACUCCAUGAAAACGAAUUAUACAAAGUCGUGGUGAAACCACACGAUAUAUCCAUCAUCACUAAAAAGACAAAAGAGUCAUCGCAGAUAACAAUUGAAGAUACGAUUACAACGUCUCUGAUCAUAGGAGAGUUUCCAGUGUACUUGGUGGUGGGCUGCGAAUCGGGAGAAGUUCUAUCAAUCGACUUAUCGAGCAAUGAACAAAUGAUUAUCACUAACAAUCAAAUGACUUCAGUCAAAUGUGUUAAAGAAUUUCCAUCGACACAUCCCUAUUUAGUGUUAAUAAUCGAUGUGAAUAGUUCAGUUAUUGUAUACGAUUUAUUAUACUCAAAAGUCGUCAUUUUCUCACCACCUCUCCCUUCGCCACUCACUUCGGUUGAGUAUUUUUUCCCGUUAUGUAUUCUUUUAAUGAGCUACACAGACGGAAGAAAUUUUGCGUGGUCAUUAGACACUGGUUCACUGUUGUCAACAUUACAAUAUUCUUCUCCUCAACAAAGAGUUAAGUCCACUUUAGUUUUUAAUCAAUAA